AGUAAACACAAACACUAAGAUAAAUUUUGUUGAUUUAAAUUGAUUGAAGCUUUUUAGUAGCUAGUGUUUGUAUAGUUUAUUUUACGAACAAGGAAAGUCAAGGAUGAAUGAAAAUUCCAAAGUUAUCAAGAACAAGAGAAAACGGCCGUAUCGGCAAAAAAUUAAGUGUUCUGCAUGUAAUAAAGAAAUGUUCAAUGAUAAUUUUUCUAAACAUAAUAAUUCCACUCACAAAGGAAAGGGCAAAAUUAUUAAUAUCGUUGAUCCGUCACAAAAAAGACUCUCAUUUGCGUCGUGCAAUAAAAGUACGACGUCUUUAGAGUCAAGCAGCACCAGCCUUAACGAGAUAAAUGAAACAGCUGUCGUUGUGUAUGAAGAAAAAAACAAAGAGGAGUUGGAGUCAUGUGCUGUUUCAGAAAAUCCGUUUACUAUUGAAGACAACACGUCUGGUACACAUGAAAUAGCAGAAUUUGAGGCAAUGGUAGAUGAUAAUAUAAACGAAGAAGUGGAACUUUGUGUGGCUAUUGAAGAGCCAUUAGGGAGUUUUAGCAAGAACAAAUAG